AUGGAAAUAGAAGAGGGGAUUCCGCUGCCAAAGGCAAAACCUGUGGGAGGAUGGUACGAGUUCUGCAAGCGAAGGCUACCGAUACUAGAGUGGGCUCCCAAGUAUGACAGGACGAAUGGCAUAGCGGAUUUAAUUGCUGGGAUCACGCUGGGUUUGACUCUGGUGCCGCAGAGUAUUGCAUAUGCCUCUCUCGCUAAUUUACCAGUUCAGUAUGGCCUGUAUUCGGGAUUUAUGGGUACGAUCCUAUACAUGUUCCUGGGUACUGUAAAAGAGGUAUCUAUUGGUCCGACUAGUUUGAUGGCGCUGAUGACUCUACAAACGUGUCGAGACCUGCCCAUAGAUUUUGUGGUACUCCUGGCAUUCCUUUCAGGGUGUGUCGUGUUUGUUAUGGGAUUGCUUCGGCUCGGAUUCCUGGUAGACCUUAUAUCCCCAUCAGUGACGAGUGGGUUCACAUCGGCAACUGCUGUGACAAUAAUCGUGUCCCAGUUGAAAGGCAUGCUGGGACUCAGUUUCAUUGCUGAAACUGUGAUGGAGAAUCUCGCUUUGAUAUCAGAAAAUUGGAGUAAAAUUCGCUUUAAUGACUGCGCUUUGAGCGCUGCGUGUUGUAUAUUUCUGCUAUCGUUACGGAAACUCAAAGAUAUCCAGGUGAAUGCCAAGAGGGUUAAGAAAACUCUAUGGUUGAUAUCGAUAGCACGAAAUGCUCUCGUAGUGUGUAUAACUUCCACCAUCGCCUACUGUACUUAUAAUCCUGAACAACCCCUUUUCAAAUUAUCAGGUCGCGUGGAACCAGGUCUACCUAAACUGAGUUUUCCGCCGUUCAGUACGAUAAUGGGUAACCAGACUGUUGGCUUCGUGGGGAUGUUGGAUCAACUAGGAUCUGCUGUUAUUGUAACGCCCGUUGUAAUGGUCCUAGCUAACAUAGCAAUUGCGAAGGCAUUCUCACCCGGCGGUCGGGUAGACGCUACCCAAGAAAUGUUUACAUUGGGCUUAUGCAAUGUAGCGGGCUCUCUUGUUCAUGCUAUGCCUUCGUGCGGAGCCUUCACCAGAUCUGCUGUGUCGCACUCGUCUGGUGUUAGGACGCCCGCAGCUGGACUAUAUUCAGGGAUUAUAACGCUGCUGGCAUUGAACUUUUUAACGCAGUACUUCUUCUUCAUCCCUAAAGCUUGUCUGUCAUCCGUACUGAUAUGUGCCGUCGUUUUCAUGGUGGACAUAAACAUAAUAUUUAAACUAUGGAAGAGCAGUAAACGUGAACUGGUUCUAUAUAGUCUCACCUUUUUAGCGGGAAUAUGGAAGAAUCUAGAAUUAUCCAUCCUAGUCGGUGCUCUAGCGGGGCUUGGGCUACUUAUCAGAGAUGUUUUGAGUACUCCAGUUGAAAUAACACAAGUUCAGACAAACAAUGGUGAUGUUAUCAGAGUUGCAGUCCGUAGAGCUCUAGUCUAUGGUAAUGCAGAGAGAUUUGCUUCACUGGUGCUUAAUACUGCUGUUGCUGCACGCUGUCCUGUCCUUAUUGAGUGUUCUGCUAUUACUCUUUGUGAUUAUACUGCAACUGAGGUCAUUUCUCGACUUAUAAGCAAAUUCAAGGAGAAUAAUCAGCAAUUAAUCUUCUACAACGCGUCUGUAGAUUCUGUCAAGUGGUUAGAAAGCAUAACUGAACUCGAUAAACGUGCCUUAGGAAUUAAUAAAGUCCAAGAGGCCUUGGAUGCUGUUGCCAGAAGAAAUCUCGAAGCGACAUCAGAAACAAGUGCACUUUUAGAAAAGAGAAGCGUAAAACGUGAAGAAAUUGUGUAA